AGCUGACAGUCUAUCCAUUAGGCCCGAUGCUCCCUUCUUCCUAACCAUCUAAGACUCGACCUCUUCUGUUAUGUACAGGCCGGAGCAUCAAAUAACAACACCAUGAUCCUUCUCUCCCUCUAAAAACCCCUCUCUCUCUCUCUCUCUCUCUCUCUCUCCAUGGCUCCUCCAAAAUCCCCAUCCUCCCCACACAUAGUCAUGUUCCCAUUCAUGGCACAAGGCCACAUCAUCCCCUUCCUAACUCUGGCAAAACUCCUGGACGACCGAACUCCCUACACCAUCACUUUCGUAAGCACCCCACUCAACAUAAAAAACCUCCAAUCCUCUCUCCCUCCAGACACCUCCAUCCGUCUCACCUCCCUCCCUUUCAACCCUUCAGAUCACGGCCUCCCAUCCAACGCUGAAAACACCAACUCCAUCCCUUUCCAUCUCUUCAUCCAUCUCUGUCAAGCCACCCAAACCCUCCAACCUUCUUUCUACCACCUUCUCACCUCCAUCUCCCAACAAGAUUGUGGCCCACCUCUCUGCAUUAUCGGCGACAUCUUCCUCGGAUGGACGGUCGAUGUCGCCCGUCAGUUCGACAUCUUCCACGUCGCCUUCUCCAGCUGUGGUGCCUACAGCAUGGCCGCCUACUUCUCCCUGUGGCUACAUCUCCCACACGCCAAAACACGUUUAGAGACAUUCCAAUUGCCGGGCUUUCCAGAAACGUUCCGGCUCCAUCGAUCUCAGCUAGCUUCCUAUCUGCGGGAGGCGGACGGUAGUGAUCCAUGGUCUGUAUACAUUCAGAAGCAGAUUUCUCUUUCUCUACACUCAAACGGGAUGUUGUGUAAUGCCAUCGAAGAGAUGGAGACAACAGGAUUGGAAAUUUUCCGAAGAAUCAUUGCUGGAAUUCCUGUCUGGUGCGUUGGACCGUUGAUCCCUCCAUCUUUCAUAGACUCUUCUUCUUCUUCUUCUUCUCAUUCUUUGAAGCUGUCUCUUGGGCGUACUGGAAAAGAACCUGGCAUCUCAAUCGAUAGUUGCACUUCAUGGUUGAAUCUCCACCAUCCACGUUCGGUUCUCUAUAUAUCUUUUGGCUCUCAAAACACCAUCUCCAUUCCACAGAUGAUGGAGCUGGCGUUGGGUUUGGAAGCAAGCGGGAAGCCGUUCAUCUGGGUCAUCAGGCCUCCGAUUGGGUUCGACGUAAGUGAAGAUUUUAGAGUGGAAUGGUUGCCAGAGGGAUUCGAAGAGCGGAUAACGGAGACGAAGAGGGGUAUGUUGGUGAAGAAAUGGGCCCCCCAAGUGGAGAUACUGUCACAUGGAUCGAUAGGUGGGUUUCUCAGCCACUGUGGUUGGAAUUCAAUGGUGGAGAGCUUGAGCCAGGGCGUGCCAUUGAUUGGGUGGCCCAUGGCAGCUGAGCAGUUUUACAAUGCGAAGAUGAUGGAGGAGGAGUUGGGUGUGUGUGUAGAGAUUGGGAGAGGAGUGGAAGAGAUUGUGGGGAGAGAGAAGGUGGAGAAGGUGAUUGGGGUGGUUAUGGGCGGGACAGAGAAAGGAGAGGAUAUGAAGAGAGAGGCUGUGAGAGUAGGAGAGAUGAUAAAGGCAGCAAUGAGAGGUGGAGAGGGAGUAGAGAAAGGGUCUUCUGUUGCUGCUAUUGAUGAUUUUAUUAAGACUGCAUUGUCAAAGAGAGGGGUUGUCGAAUGACCCAGUCAUGUUCUGUUGGCAUGCUAUCGUGCAUGUGGUUGUGAGUUUUGUGGAUGGGGACCGUUCAUCUAGUUGGCCUUGGCCAGAUUGGCAGUCUAGUUUGAGACCUUCAAAUGGAGACUGGAAAUGUAAACUCAAAGGAGAAAAUGCUACCAAUCAGAAUGGUUAAUCUUCUUCUUCUUUUCCUUCUGUUUUUUUUUUUUUAUGGUUUUGUUUAUCAUUCGUGAUUCGUGGAAGGGCCGGCCACCAGUUGGAUGGUCGAAAAUUCACCAGAGAAGAUUGGGAUCCAUGUAUCGUUUUCAUUGAGCUGUGGUGUAAUAAGCAUGGUUGGCACAAUGGCUCUGUGAGGGGUAUUACAAGGACUAUAUUUGUAUAUCUUGAAAGUUGACUGGUUGGUUGAAAUAAUCUCUUCCGUCCGUUUCUAGGACCACAUCUUUAGUGUGUGUAGUUGAAAUCUAUACCAAUAUCAAUAAAGCUUGUUUGUAUUAUUUCGCGGUA